AAUGAAUUCUUUAACUAAAUUUUCUUUUGAUUCUGUCAGAGAACAUUCACAACAAGAUUUUGAUAUUAAUACAGAUUGUGAUAUGAGAAGUACAAACCAAAAACAACGAUCUAGUGAAGAUAUUAUUCAUACAGCAUUUCCACACAAACAAGAAUUACUUGUUGAAGACAUAAAACCAAAAAUUAAAAUUGGUUCAAUUUUUGCUUUGCCGUCAAAGAAAGCUAAACAAGAGGCUAUUGAUGCAGAAUUGGAAAAUUUAAUAAACCCUGUUGUUUCGUCCAAAUCUUUGCCAAGUGUUUUAAAUUUAAAUAGGCCAAGUGUUGCUACAACUUUUGAGAGAAAUAAAAGUCCAGAGAAUGCUAACAUACCUCCUCGAAAGGAUACCUAUCUUCCUUCUCAGGACCUGAAGCCAGCAAUAAAUUUGAAGAAUUUAAAGUGUGAAGGGCCUCUUCCUCAAAAUGUUUAUAAGCCUUCUGCUACAGAAACUGAGGAUUUGUCUGAUAAAGAUUUUCGACAGGUUGAUAAUCUAGUCAUCAAUUUGGAAUUUGAUAUUGCAUCGAUACCCUUACCUGAUGAAAUACCUGGGAAGAAUGUUCCUGCUUAUCAUUAUCCAAAUUGGCGCCCUCCAACACCGCCUCUUCCAGAACCAGAAGAAGAAGAAAGACAUACAGAAUCCUGUUCUAUUGAGAAUUUUAAUUUUCCUCCGCCUCCACCAAAAUUUGUUUCAAAAUCUUCAAUUCAAGUAUCGGGUGAAUCUCUAUUAAUUUCUCAAUCAGAAAAGCCAUCAAAUAAGAGAAGUUCGUCUAUAUCUGUUCCUGAACCUGUUACGGAUGCUCCAACGACUCCAGUUAAUUCACAGACUGAAAAAUUGCCAAAUCAAAGAAAUUUUCAAACCUCGAUAAAUGAAACAGUUACGGGUCAAAUACAAACACCAAUUCUUCCAAGUUGGCGUCGCACUUCAGAAAGACAAUUACAACAAGAUAAUAAAUUGGAUGAAUCUUCAGAAUUUAAAAAGCCAUCGUUUAGAAAGCGUCUCCGUUCUGAUAUUAACGACGAUAUUAACAACAAAUCUCCUUUAACCGACACAAGUAAAGAUGCUGGUUCCCCUUCAAUAAGUGAUUAUAUUUAUCCACCAAAAGAUAUGGAAGAAAUGGAUUCAAAUAAAAAUUUCUUUCCUUCUCCAACAAAAUCUGUAAAUUCAUUACCAAAUACUUCAUCAUUAACAACAUCAACAAAACCAACAGAAACUCUUCUAAAUUAUCGUUAUUUAAAUUUCUUUAACAAUUCUUCUUCCUCAACAAAUUCAUCAAUAAAAUCACCACCAACAAUAACAACAACCCCUCAAUCUUCUCCCUAUAAAAAAGAAUUUAAUAAUAAUUUUUCUUCAAAAAAUUCUUCAAUAGGAAGUGGACGUUUCACAUUUUUUACACCAAAAUUUAAUCCUUUGCGUUACAAAAAUGGAUGGCUUUUUAGACAUUUAUGUGAAAAACCUGCUUUAAAAAAUCCAGCAAUUAAAAAUAGUCCAAUAAAAGAUGGAGAAGGAAAAAACGAAGGGGAAGAAGGAGGAGGAAGGAUAAAUGAUUCAAUAAGUAGUGAAAAUAAUGCUGAUUUGGUAUAG